UUGACCCGCUUGCAUGCUACUCCCUACACACAGCGCAAUCUAGCUGUUAGCUAGCUACCAGUAUUACCCAGACAAAGUUCUAUAUAAGGGGCUUGAGCCUCCCUGCCCUCUCACCACAUCCCAUACCUCCUUGAUCAUCGGCUUUGAGCCUGCUUAAUCAUUCUAGUGCUCUGAGUUCUUGCCGACCGACCAACCAUGGCCGGCGGCGCCGUCGUGAACACGUCCGGUGGUAAGGACUACCCUGGCAGGCUCACCAUCUUCGUCUUCUUCACCUGCGUCGUCGCCGCCACCGGCGGCCUCAUCUUCGGAUAUGAUAUCGGCAUCUCAGGGGGCGUGACGUCCAUGAACCCUUUCCUGAAAAAGUUCUUCCCGGAGGUGUACAACAAGAAGCAGAUGAAGGGCUCCGCCAACCAAUACUGUAAGUACGACAAUCAGCUGCUCCAGACCUUCACCUCCUCCCUCUACCUCGCGGCGCUCGUCUCCUCCUUCUUCGCCGCCACCGUCACACGGGUCGUGGGCCGCAAGUGGUCCAUGUUCACCGGAGGGCUCACCUUCCUCAUCGGCGCCGCGCUUAACGGGGCGGCGGAGAACAUCGCCAUGCUCAUCGUCGGGCGCAUCCUCCUCGGUGUCGGCGUUGGCUUCGCCAAUCAGUCUGUGCCGGUGUACCUGUCGGAGAUGGCGCCUGCGCGUCUCCGGGGCAUGCUCAACAUCGGGUUCCAGCUGAUGAUCACCAUCGGCAUCCUGGCGGCGGCGCUCAUCAACUACGGCACCAACAAGAUCAAGGCCGGGUACGGGUGGCGCAUCAGCCUGGCCCUGGCGGCCGUCCCCGCGGGCAUCAUCACCCUCGGCUCCCUCUUCCUCCCCGACACCCCCAACUCCCUCAUCGAGCGCGGCCACCCGGAGGCGGCGCGCCGCAUGCUGAACCGCAUCCGCGGCAGCGACGUGGACAUCAGCGAGGAGUACGCGGACCUGGUGGUGGCGAGCGAGGAGUCGAAGCUGGUGCAGCACCCGUGGCGCAACAUCCUGCAGCGCAAGUACCGGCCGCAGCUGACCAUGGCGAUCAUGAUCCCCUUCUUCCAGCAGCUGACGGGCAUCAACGUCAUCAUGUUCUACGCGCCGGUGCUGUUCGAGACGCUGGGGUUCAAGGGCGACGCGUCGCUCAUGUCGGCCGUCAUCACGGGCCUGGUCAACGUCUUCGCGACGCUCGUGUCCGUGUUCACCGUGGACCGGCUGGGGCGGCGGAAGCUGUUCCUGCAGGGCGGCUCGCAGAUGCUGGUGAGCCAGCUGGUGGUGGGCACCCUGAUCGCGGUCAAGUUCGGGACGAGCGGCGUGGGGGAGAUGCCCAAGGGGUACGCGGCGGCGGUGGUGCUCUUCAUCUGCCUCUACGUGGCCGGGUUCGCGUGGUCGUGGGGGCCCCUGGGGUGGCUGGUGCCCAGCGAGAUCUUCCCGCUGGAGAUCAGGCCCGCCGGGCAGAGCAUCAACGUGUCGGUCAACAUGCUCUUCACCUUCGUCAUCGCGCAGGCGUUCCUCACCAUGCUCUGCCACAUGAAGUUCGGCCUCUUCUACUUCUUCGCCGGCUGGGUGGUGAUCAUGACCGUCUUCAUCGCGCUCUUCCUGCCGGAGACCAAGAACGUGCCCAUCGAGGAGAUGGUGCUCGUCUGGAAGGGGCACUGGUUCUGGCGCAGGUACAUCGGAGACGCUGACGUCCACGUCGGCGCCAACAACGGCAAGGGCGCCGCCAUCGCAUAGAUUCCUUCCUUCCCUAGCUCCGUCUCCGUCGUGUACAUUAAUUGCUUUUCUUCCUCUCUUCCUUGUUUGUCCUCGUACUUAGAUGCGUGCUUAGGUCAAACCGUGUGUUUCUCUUCUGUAUGUGCUUCAAGAUUCUUGCAUUAAUUAAGAUGGUACCAUCAA